AUGCUGAACCAAACUAUUCAUUCCAAAUACGACAUAACGGAGGAUCCUAUCUUUAAAAGUUCUCAACAAAUAUGGACUUAUUCAGCCCCCAUAUUACUGGUGCUUGGAACUGUAACAAAUAUUCUUACGAUAAUUGUUCUUCUAAGGAAAAAAUUAAGGAGAAAGACCACGAUAUUUUACUUAACGAUACUGUCAAUCAUCAAUCUUCUGACGCUAUACAUAGGUCUUGGGAAGACCUGGUUGAUGGUAACUUUUGACGUUUACAUUUCUGUACAGUCAGAGUUUUUAUGUCGAUUUUCUACCUUUGCUUUGAACCUGUUACUGAACUUAACAGUGUGGAUUCUUGUUGCUGUAACAGUUGACCGCUGUAUAAUAGUAUGCCUUCCUCAGCUAGCAAAACGAAUCUGUCUCUUGAAGUACUCAAAAGGAGUUGCUGCAGGCAUGUUUGUGGUACUUGCUAUUGCAAACAUGCAUUUAUUUUGGGGAGUUGCAAUAAGAAAGACCCAUGGAAGUUUGGAGAAAGAUUGCACUCAUGGAAAUGAUUUUAACGAAUUCAUAUUUCCUUGGCUAUCACUGACCCUUGGCUUUAUAGUGCCUUUUGUAAUCAUGGUUAUUGCCAACUCUUUCAUCAUUCGCUGCAUUUAUUUAUCCAACAAGCGUCUUGCCUACCACCACAGUAACGACUCCAAAAACAGUAACAGUAACCACAACAAAAGGCUCUCUAGUGUGACCAGUAUGCUUUUGGCUACAAAUGCCACAUUUAUGAUAUUAACUCUGCCAAUUAUGAUCUUUUUAAUUGUGGAGCCUUAUCACGUGGCCAACGAGGACGUCACUGCCAAUAUGCAUCUCACAUGGGCUAUAGUUAACAUCUGUGAUUAUACAGACCAUUCCGUUAAUUUCUUCCUUUAUUGCCUUGCAGGGACUACUUUUCGCAGAGAGUUAAGAAAACUGCUGAAAGGAAAGUAAUAAAACCAUGAAGAAAUAAUUGGGUGAUCUACAUUAAUCAAUAAUUUUAA